AUGUCUCCAUGUGACCCUUCAGGCAGCACACCUCCAGCGCCCUCCACCAGCCCUCCUCUAGCAGCACACCUCCAGCCGCCCUCCACCAUCCCUCCUCUAGCAGCACACCCCAGCCCCCCUCCACCACCUUCCUCUAACAGCCCUUCCACUAACGACGCCUCCAUCACCCUCCCAACGCUCCUUCCACCAACGCCCCUCCACCACCCGCCUCUAACAGCCUUCCACCAACGCCCCUCCACACCUCUCCACACUCCCCUAACAGCCUUCACCACCUCCACCACCCCUCCUCUAACAGCUCUUCCACCAACGGCACCUCCACCACCCUCCCCUACAGCCCAUUCCCCAACACCCUCCACGACCCCUCCACCACCCUCCCCUAACAGCUCUUCCACCAACGCCCCCUCCACCUCCACCCCUCCACCUCCGCCUCCGCCCCGCGACGCCGACGAGGGACAACCUAGCCUUAAGCGGCACCUCAGCGCCACUCGUCCCCCAACAGACCCGCUCGCAUUUGCAGCUGGGACACAGUGCCAUAAAGUGCCACGAUUCCCUGUGGUUAUGAGGGCACUCAGGGUACCGAUCUGGUGGCACCGGGAGCAUAAGAUGACGUCAGACCUGCAUCGGAUGCCUCGCAAUUAUCAGGAGACUAUAUGUUAUCGACACACGAGUCUGUCUGACCACACUGCCUCGAGCAAGACUAAUGAAGCGGUUUUAAAAGCAAGAUUCCCACGCGCCGGAAAUAUUCCCACGCUCCUGGUUUUUUUCCCACGCUCGGCUCAGUUCCAGCUCGCUCCCUUCUGCGGACGGAUGCUGCGCGGCUCGCAUCCCGGCUCUCACGGCCGGUCGAGUAUUUGGGGCACUCGUAGGGGCAUAAAAAACAAUAACCGCACAAAAACAAAGCAGCCCACCAAAGCCGUAAACAGGCGUUCAAUUCACCAGAAAAUAACUUGCGAAGACCCACGGUCCAUGAACAAAACACAUUGA